AAAAAACGAAGUACUGUAUUGAGCUCUUUGAGAUAUUUGAAUCACGAAGACUUGCAGCACUUUUUAUCACAAACUACAAUGCCGCGAGGAAAAUUUGUAAAUCACAAAGGCCGAAAUCGACAUUUUACGAAUCCGGAAGAGCUGGAGGAACAGCGCCGCCAGGAAGAGAAAAAGCAACAAUGGAGAAAAAAUAAAGAACAGGACAGUUCUGAUGAGGAAGAAGAAGAUGAUGAAAAACCCAAAGCAAGUGGCACUAAAUCAAGAAAUCUUAGUGCCACAGAUAGUGAGAGCGAAUCAGAAUCGGAGUCAGAAACAGAGGGAGGCAAAGCAAAAGGCGUAGAGAAUUUAAUUGAAGUAGAAAAUCCAAAUAGAAUACAAAAAAAAACUAAGAAACUAUGCCAAUUGAAUCAGUCAUUAGAUACCGCAAAACCAGAAUUAUCUCGAAGGGAGCGAGAGCAAUUAGAAAAACAAAGAGCCUAUGCAAAUUAUCAAAAAUUACAUGCAGCUGGUAAGACGGAAGAAGCUCGGGCAGAUCUAGCACGAUUAGCUAUAAUUAAACAGCAACGAGAAGAGGCAGCAAAGCGACGAGAGGAAGAAAAGAGGCAAAAGGAGAUGGCACAACAGAAAAAAACCGAAUUGACGCAAAAAGCACUCGGGAAAAAAUCCUAAAACCUUCCGAUAGUUAAUUGCAUGACUAAUUGAUUACUGCAAUAUUAAUCUCUUCACAUCUGAUUAAGUAAUGAUAAAAUUUGACGAACCAAUACAAUAUGUUUGCUAUAUGCGUUUUAUGAUAUGUUAAUCAUUGUUUAUAUAUAAAUACAAUUGAAUCUAAAU